UCAUCUCCUGUACUGCGUCCGCAGUCUCUGAUCAUCUCCUGUACUGCGUCCGCAGUCUCUGAUCAUCUCCUGUACUGCGUCCGCAGUCUCUGGCCAUCUCCUGUACUGCGUCCGCAGUCUCUGGUCAUCUCUGUACUGGUCAUCUCCUGUACUGCGUCCGCAGUCUCUGGUCAUCUCCGUCCGCAGUCUCUGGUCAUCUCCUGUACGUCCGCGUCUCUGGUCAUCUCCUGUCUGCGUCCGCAG